AUGGCGAGCCCCGAAGGAGCCGCCGCCGCCAAAGUCAAACUGGGGCCACGGAAGAAGAAGAAGAGCAAAAAGGAGAGUAAAACCAGGAGCGUUUACGCCAACAUCCUCUGCGAGGAGGACGACAACAACCCCAACCGACAAUACGCCGACAACAAAAUCAAGACCACCAAGUACACGGUGCUUUCCUUCUUGCCCAAGAAUCUCUUCGAGCAGUUCCACCGCUUCGCCAAUGUUUACUUUGUCUUCAUCGCGCUGCUCAACUUCGUGCCGGUGGUCAACGCCUUCCAACCCGAGCUCGCCCUUGCCCCCGUGGUCUUCAUCCUGUCCGUCACGGCCAUCAAAGACCUAUGGGAGGACUACCGUAGACACAGGUCCGACAAGGAGAUCAACCACAUGGACUGUCUUGUCUACAGCAGGACAGAGCGGCGCUAUGUAGAAAAGUUCUGGAAGGAGGUGCACGUGGGCGAUUUUAUCCGCCUACGCUGUAACGAGAUCCUGCCGGCCGACGUCCUGCUACUGAGCUCCAGCGACCCCGACCGCCUGUGUCACAUCGAGACGGCCACUCUGGAUGGCGAGACCAAUCUCAAGCAGCGGCAGGUGGUGCGCAGCUUCUUCGACCUGGACUGCGACUUUGACCCAUCCAAGUACGACAGCGUCAUCGAGUGCGAGAAGCCCAACAACGACUUGAACCGAUUCCGAGGCUACAUAAUCCACCGGAGUGGCCGACGAGACGCACUUUACAAAGACAACCUGCUGCUGAGGGGCUGCACCAUCCGCAACACGGAGGAGGCCGUGGGCAUCGUCAUUUACGCAGGUCACGAGACCAAAGCCAUGCUCAACAACAACGGGCCACGCUACAAGCGCAGCAAACUGGAACGACAGAUGAAUGUGGAUGUCUUCUGGUGCGUCAUCAUCCUACUGGUCAUGUGCUCCUUUGCUGCUGUUGGUCACGGGCUGUGGAUGUUUCAGUACGGCGAUAAGAGGCCCGUUUUUGACGUCCUCAGUCCGGAGGGAACAGACUUGUCGCCCGUCUUGUCGGCCAUCUAUCUCUUCCUCACCAUGAUUAUUGUCUUUCAGGUGCUGAUCCCCAUCUCGCUAUUCGUGUCCAUCGAAAUCGUGAAGAUCUGCCAGGUUUACUUCAUCCACCAGGACGCCGAGCUGUACGAUGAGGAGAGCGACUCCCACCUUCAGUGUCGCGCGCUCAACAUCACCGAGGACCUCGGGCAGAUGCAGUACAUUUUCUCCGACAAGACCGGCACGCUGACGGAUAACAAGAUGGUGUUCCGCCGCUGCACCGUGGCGGGCGUGGAGUACUCGCACGAUGCCAACGCAAGGAGACUUGCCAUGUACCAGGAGAUGGACUCGGAGGAGGAGGAGUGUCCGUCCCGCGGCGGGACGCUGCCCAGGCGAGACAGCGUGGGCAGCCAUCAUAGCGUCAAAGUGGUGCUGCGCUCCCACAGCACCAAAUCCCACCGCAGGACGGGCAGCAGGGCUGAGGCCAAGAGGGCCAGCAUCCUGUCCAAGCACACGGCCUUCAGCAGUCCAAUGGAGAAGGACAUCACGCCCGACCCUCAGCUGAUGGACAAAGUCAAUGAAUGCGGCAGUCAGAUGGAUUUCAUGCGCUUCCACAGCCAGCCUAUGUCCCAGCUGCCCUCCGACCUCGGCGACAUCAUGGAUUUCUUUAUCGCGCUGACCCUCUGCAACACGGUGGUGGUGUCCUCCCCCGACCAGCCUCGUCACAAGGUCCGAAUGCGGUUCGAACUCAAAUCCCCGGUCAAAACCAUAGAAGAUUUCAUCAAACGCUUCACGCCGAGCCGCCUGACCUCGGGCUCCAACAGCAGCAGCUCGUCGAGCCUCACCACCAACCGCUCCUCCACCAAGGGCUGCUCCAGCAUGCUGUCCUCCCCUUCGGCAGACAGCACCCUUACCAAGCUCGAGGAGGAGGUGACGGCGGUGGCCGUGGCAGCGCACGCCUUCAGCCCCACCCCUCCCACCUACGACGGCAAAAUCCGAAACCCCGAGGGCGCCGAUCUGCGCUACGAGGCCGAGUCGCCGGAUGAAGCGGCGCUGGUUUACGCCGCCAAGGCCUACAAGUGCUCCCUCGUCGGGCGUCUCCCGGACCAAAUGACGGUGGAUUUGCCCCACUUGGGGAAGCUGAACUUUGAGCUGCUGCACACUUUGGGCUUUGACUCCACCAGGAAGCGAAUGUCGGUGGUGGUGAAGCACCCACUCACGGAACAGAUCACCGUCUACACGAAAGGAGCCGACUCUGUCAUCAUGGACCUCAUUAAAUCCCCCAAUACAGGUAACUCCAAGGGAAAACGGCAGAAAAAGAUCAUCUACAGGACCCAGAACUACCUGAACCAGUACGCCGCUGACGGCCUGCGCACACUUUGCAUUGCCAAAAAGAUUCUGAGCAAGGAGGAAUACGCCUGCUGGCUGCAGCGCCACCUGGAGGCAGAGACAGCCAUCCAAGGUCGGGAGGAGCUGCUCUUCGAGUCGGCCCUGCGUCUGGAGACCAACCUCCAGCUCCUGGGCGCGACGGGUAUCGAGGAUCGGCUGCAGGACGGCGUGCCCGAAACCAUCGACGCCCUGCGGAAGGCCGGCUUGCAGAUCUGGGUGCUGACGGGCGACAAGCAGGAAACGGCCGUGAACAUCGCAUACGCCUGCAAGCUGCUGGAUCCCGAGGAGGAGAUCUUGACGCUCAAUGCCGACUCCAUGGAGGCUUGUUCCCUGCUCCUUGAGGAGAGUUUACACUACAUCCAAGCCAAAUUCCUGUGCGGCUCGGCCAAGUCCUUCCAUGCCGACUUCGCCCCCUUCCACAUCUAUCCGUCUCCUCCUCCUCCUCCUCCUCCUCCUCGGCACUGGUCGUCCUCUCAUGCCGCCGUCCACCGGCUGGGCCUGGUAAUCGACGGCCGCACCCUGGCCUAUGCCCUGGACCGCACCCUGGAGGACAAGUUCCUGGCAGUGGCGCGUAGCUGCCGCUCGGUGCUCUGCUGCCGAUCCACGCCGCUGCAGAAGAGCAUGGUGGUCAAGCUGGUGCGCAACAAGCUGAAAGUCAUGACUCUGGCCAUCGGCGACGGAGCCAAUGAUGUCAGUAUGAUCCAGGUAGCUGACGUUGGCGUGGGCAUAUCAGGACAGGAAGGCAUGCAGGCGGUGAUGGCGAGCGAUUUUGCCCUGCCACGGUUCCGCAACCUCCAAAAGCUUCUGCUGGUGCACGGCCACUGGUGCUACUCACGCCUGGCCAACAUGAUCCUCUACUUCUUCUACAAGAACGCCAUGUUCGUGGCGCUCAUCUUCUGGUAUCAGUUCUACUGCGGCUUCUCGGGCUCGGCCAUGAUCGACCAGUGGUAUCUGAUCUUCUUCAACCUGAUGUUCUCCGCCUUCCCGCAACUCAUCACCGGCACGCUCGACAAGGACGUGUCGGCCCAGACGCUGCAGCAACUACCUCAGCUUUACAUCAACGGACAGAACUCGGAGGAAUACAAGCCAUACAUGUUCUGGAUGAACAUGAUUGACGCUUUCUACCAAAGUCUGGUCUGCUUCUUCAUUCCUUACUUUGCUUACGCCGACUCAGACGUCGACCUGUUUACAUGGGGGACCCCCGUCACGACCAUCGCUGUGUUCACCAUUCUGCUGCACUUAGGGGUGGAGACCAAAACUUGGACGUGGAUGAACCUGCUAUCCAUCUGCUUCAGCGUGGCUCUCUUCUUCACGGUGGCGCUGUGCUACAAUGCCUCAUGCCCCACCUGCUACUCCCCCUCGAACCCCUACUGGACCAUGCAGAGGCUGCUGCAGGACCCCACGUUUUACCUGCUCUGUCUCAUCACGCCAGCGGCCGCACUGCUGCCCAGAUAUUUUUACCGGGCGUGUCAAGGCACGAUCUUUCCCAGCCCCGUGCAAGUGGGGCGGCGGUUGGACCGGCUCCCCGCCAAAAACCCGCACGGGAACAUCCUGAGCUUAAGCGGAAUCCAGACGGGCGCGCGGCCCGAUCCCGAGAGAAAAUUCUCCGUCGCCAAAGACCCCCGCCGCCCUCGUGAGGAAUCGCAGCGUCCCGACGCCAGUUUGUCGGUCCGGAUCGAACUCCCCCCCGAGGGAGGCGUCAAGUACACCAAGAACUCGCAGGAGAGACUCAGUGUCGGCUGAAGUGCCAUCCCUCCUCCGCCCCUUUGUCCAAUUUGCACGUUUUUUUAAUGACAUGUUUCCAAAGAGCUUCUUUUAUAAAGGAUGCAAAUAGGUACUUUAUUUUAUCUAAUGUUAUUUAGGGGGGCGGUGGGCGCAGUUAGAAGAAGAACUGGAUGUUCUUUUUAUUUGCCGGGAUAGCUUCAUUUUUCACAGAAGAUGCAUCUCAGUACUGGCCGGGUCUGAAACGAUGAACAUAUUUCUUUUUAAAGUGCUUUGACGCAACAGUGGCCUUGAUUGCGUCUUUCUAAGAGGACUUCUUUUCAGCACACAGUGACCUCGGUUCAUUGCAGUGUUAGUGCCGCACUGAAAAGAAAAAUACAGAAAUGAUUAGGUGGAAAAAAGUCAUAAAAGGGCAAGUUAAAAAAUAUAUAUGUAUUUAUUAGUCUGACACGAUAAGAACAAGAGGGUUGAGGUUUGAAGAAAAAGUCGUGUUAUUGCAAGAAUUUUGUUGUAAAGCCCCCCCCCCCAAAAAAAAAAGUUU